AUGGCAUAAUUGGAAGAUUAUUUUGACAGACAAAGUCAUGUACCACAAGAAGUUACUCGAUCGUUGAGAUUAAUCAAAGAAUUAGAUGAGAAGGUUACCAAAAUUCAAUAAAAGCUAACCACUUUAAGAAAGCAAUACAAAUAGUAAAAAAAUGAGAAAACUAAAGUGGAAAUUGAUUAAUUGUACGAAGAAAGCGUCAAUUUAUCCUAAGAAAAAAUUAAUAUUAGUGAUAAAGUCUAUGAAGUUGUUGAUAGCGCUGUUUAAUAAUUGGACAAUGAUUUAAAGAAAUUUGAAGAAAACUUAAAAUCAAGUAUGGCACCUGAUCAUAAAAGAAGAUUCCUAAUAUUGAGUAAAUACUAGAAGGAGAAGAGAAAGAAAAUUAAUCAAGAAAUUGAAUAAAGCAAAGAAAUAUUUUAGAAUGCAAGUUAAAGUGAACCUUUGUAUUGUAUAUGUUAAAAGCCCUCAUUUGGAUAAAUGGUUAUGUGCGAUAAUCAAUUAUGUUCAAAAGAAUGGUUUCAUUUAGAAUGUGUUAAAUUAAAGGACUUUCCUCCUGAAAACGAGCCUUGGUUUUGUUCUAUUGAAUGCCGUAAAGAAGGCAAAGGAAGAAUGAAAAAAUGAUAAUUUUGAGUUUUUAAAAACAACUAGAUUAAAUAUAUUCAUAA